GGACAGCCAAAAACACAGGGUCCUCGGCGGAAGGACCUCACAGAGGGGUAAACAAAAAAAGAUGUUGAGUUAAUUAACCCGCAAUCAUCGAUUUUAGAUGAAUUAACUUUGUUGCAACGUGCAGUUACUCACGACGCGAUGGCAGAGGAUAACGAGCUGGAAAAGCGUGCGAUAGAGGAGCUCCUCAGGGAGACUGACAGAGCUCGGGUGAGAGCAGAGACCAUGGGCCCUGCAGGAUGGUUGAAGUGUCCCCUGCGGAGCACCAACAAGCGCUUCCUCCUCAACACCCUGCGCUCCACCGGCCUGCAGCGGCGCAGCGGUGAGCCCAGAGCGGGACACUCCUCCACAAGAGGGCGCCUGAGGAGCGAGACCCCGGACAGAAGCCGCGACCGCAGCAGAUCGCCUCCCACAGACCGCAGGAGCAACGGAGGCCACACGGACCGUAAAAACCAUCACAGGGACAGCCGGAGUAAUAAAGACAAGACAGAGGACAGAGACAAGGAGAGGAGGUACAGACACAGAGACAACAUAAACGGGAGACAUGGGGAAGAUGGACAGAAGAGACAGACUUCAUGAAUAAACACCUCUGUUUAGAGGAGGAGCACUGCUUUUCCUGAAGCCACUCCCUCUCCAGGGAAGUGGACACUCCUGAAACUGAUCUCUGACCAGCCAGCACACCUCACAGAGCUACAGGAGUCCUGUUCACCUGGCAUGUUAGACAGAGCCAGAAAAAACACUGAUUUGAUUUUUUUUAAAAAAGACUAAACGUUUUCUCCUAGGGAAAGACUAGGUGGACGAUUGUCUCACAUGUUAUUAACUCUUAACUUUUUAACGUUAAGUUUUUCUUUUUGUCCCAAAUCUUCCAGGGUAGUUGGAAUGAAUAAACUAUCAAAGGGCUGUUACAGCUCAGGAAAUGA